GAGAUUGUGCGUCGGCCAUACCAUAAACGAUUCAGUAGAAACGAUUCGUGUAUGCAACGAGCAUCGUGUAGCUCCGCCCACUGUGCGAACGAAGUGGUCCACUUCUUUCCAUUCUAUUUUAUUCGAGUUUCAUAACUCGAGUGAAUUGAAUUUUUCGUUCGUGUUUCAGUUUUCAAGUAUACAGCGGGGAGUGAUGCGUGAGAUAGAAUUAUUGCUUUUAACGUAUUUCGAAUGUUUCGUUUGUUUUGUAAACAAAAUCGAGUGUCGCCUUUUGAAAUACAAUGAGGACACGACGGUGAGGGGAAAAUAUAGCACAUAUUUUGCAUUAGUUCUAUGAAGCAUCUAUCACAUUGCCGAUCGCUACACAUUUUUAAAAUCGUUUUCCGCAUGUUUCGUACUCAACGGCAGUAAUUCAACGAAGAACGGAUCAUCAAUUUACAAUUCGGAUUUAAAUGAAUUGGUCAUUUAAGUUUUAGUGAUCAGUGAUGAAUAAGUCAGUGAAACAUAAAAAAUGUUGUUACCGAUUACAUGAAGAAAUUAAUCCAAUCUAAGUAUUACCUUUGUAUAAAAUAAUGAUAUCAAGGGCAGUGAAACAAAAUCAACGAAAAUUGUGAAUGCGUUUGGAGAAAUAAGUUACCUGAAGUUUGAUUGAGUGUGUGUUUAAACUUUUAUUUUGGAAAGCUCAAGUGAAGAUAAAAAAUGAUUGCAUGCACCGCUUGAGCUGUAACUGUUUGUCACCGGAAAUAUUGAAAAAAAAUGUGAAAAUUACAAAAAUUGUUUUCAAGACCUGUUUACAACACCUUCAUUUGUGGAAAAGUUUGCAAGUAUAACAGAAAAUGGUGUUGGAGCAUCAAGGAAUGUUGCAGAACCUACAAACACUCGGUUCACAACCGGCAUUGCAACUUUAUGCAGCAGCAGCGGCGGCGCAAUUGACACCUAGGAACCGUGUACCGCAAUGGGCACCAUUUUUACAGUUUGGAGUUCCUGGUGUUUUCGGCGGCCCGUUUUUGACAAGGCCUCGUUUCGGUCCGCCUGGUGCACCUCAGAGUUUAGCUGCCUUAAGUGGAUUAAAUAAUAUCAACAAUAACACACAUCAAAGCAUAUCACCACAACGAGCAAUACAGGGUCCUCCAAGUGAAGAUUCUAACGAUGAUAGAGGAUCUGCAGCGGACGGCGACGAUGAGAGCAGUGCUUCCAAGCGCAGAAGAUCGAGAACAAAUUUCAAUUCAUGGCAAUUAGAAGAACUAGAACGAGCAUUUGCUGCAAGUCAUUACCCAGACGUAUUUAUGCGCGAAGCGUUAGCGAUGCGACUGGAUCUCAAGGAAAGCAGAGUGGCGGUAUGGUUUCAAAACCGAAGAGCAAAAUGGAGGAAAAAAGAACACACCAAAAAAGGCCCAGGAAGACCCGCACACAAUGCUCACCCCCAGUCAUGUUCCGGAGAACCCAUCCCUCCCAAUGAGCUACGAGCAAGAGAAAAAGCGCGUCGACGGAAAAAGUUGACGAAAGCACUAGAGCGCCAAGCUAGGAAGCUACGUGCAAAAGGAAUCACUGUUGAUCUAGACGUACUGAAGGCAGAAUACAUUUCUCAACAUCGAAACAACUCUAGCUCAGAUAGUGAAGGUGGGGUCGACGAUGAUGACGAUGAAGAUCCGAUUGACGUAGUUGGCGGAGGAGAAUCCAAUGAGACACCAGAAGACUGUUUAAUGGAAAGGCGUGACAGUAUUGAUGACGCUCUAGAUGAGAAUACCGAUACCCAUAGGAAUAGUAUGAGGCCAAAUCCAUUUAGCAUAGAAUCACUGCUAUACAAUAGUACGUGAAAAGACACUGCAAACUAAUUUAGUUUCCUACCAAUACCUUAUUUCAGAUGCUACCAAUGUGUACAAGAAUUCAAUAAUUUAAGUUAUUAAAUUAAAUGAUUUUGUUACAUGCCGUAAUUCCUGUGACAUAUUCAAUAAUCGGAAUUUAAAACCCCAUUUUAUUUAUUUGUAAAGAAAGAAGGACCUCGUACACUGAAAAUAAUCGACACGCCUCAUGUUCUUUUACACGUUGAUGUAUCUUUAAAAACACAAGCUAUAUAAACGUUGAUUCAGAUCUUGAAUAGUUUAGAUUUUAUACCAUGAUUUUAUCGUGUUUGUUAAUCCUUUUAUCUAUCGAUAACACGGAGAAAAAUAAUUAGUAAACUCAAAUGAAUUUCAGAUUGUGUCGUAACGAAAGAUGAUUUUGAAUUCACAUCUUGACGCUACUACAAUAGUAACCAGAAUGCCCAUGUUCGGUUUCCGCCGAGCUCACGCUGCUACUUCGUAUCCAUCGACUCGGCUAGACUCGGAGCUUCCUUGUCCAAGCCACCCAACUACCGUUCCCGUUCUCGCAUCGGGCUCGGAUCGAUGUGCUGUCUCGCUUCAGACCGAUGCAGCAAACCUUCGUCAAGUUUUGCUGUUCUAUGCCGUUUCCACGCUGAUUCGUCAAGGGAUGUCGCAAAUAUUAUGCAUGUAUCGCUUUUCGAUACACACAGAACUAAAUUCAACAAAGUGAAUUAAUAUUCUAAUCCUACCCACUACAAUAUUCCUCUUCUCUACUCUUGAACUACCAUUUAAUCAAAUUCAAUCCAAAUCUCAUGCAAGUCCAAUCCUAUGCACAUCUUAUUCCAAUGCAAAUCUAAAUCCUAGUAAAACCUAAUAUAAGUUCGAUUCAAAUUCAAAUCCAAUUCAAAUCCAAUCCAAUUCAAAUCCAAUCCAUAUGAAAUCCAAAUCCAAUCCAAAUCCAUUCCAAAUUCAAUCGAAAUUCAAUCGAAAUCCAAUGCAAGUCCAACUCAAAUCCAAAUCCAAUCCUAAUCCAAUCCAACCUAAUUCAAAUCCAAUUCAAAUCCAAUCUAAAUCCAAUCCAUAUCGAAUCCAAAUACAAUCCAUAUCCAAUCCAAAUUCAAUCGAAAUCCAAUUCGAAUCCAAUCCAAAUAAAACCCAACUACAAUUCAAAUCCAAUCCAAAUCCAAUUUGAAUUCAAUCUAUAUCCAAUCCGAAUCCAAUCCAAAUUCCAACUCUAAUCCAAACCCAAAUCAAAUCCAAUUCAAAACCAAUCCAAUCCAAAUCCAAUCUACAUCUAGUUCAAAUCCAAUUCUAAUCCAAACCAAAUUCAAAUCCAAUCAAAUCCAAAUACAAUCCAAAUCUAAUCCAAACCCAAUUCUAAUCCAAUCCAAUCCAAAUCCAAUCCAAGUUCAAUCGAAAUCCAAUUGAAAUGUAAUUCAAAUCCAAUUCAAAUCCAAUCCAAACCUAAUCCAAAUUCAAUUUAAAUCCUAUCCAAAUCUAAUUCAAAUCCAAUCCAAAUCCAAUUUAAAUCCAAUACAAAUCCAAUUCAAAUCUAAUCCAUAUCAAAUCCAAAUACAAUUCAAAUCCAAUCCAAAUUGAAUAGAUAUCCAAUCCGAAUCCAAUCCAAAUCCAAUCCAAGUCAAAUCCAAUCCAAAUCUAAUCCAAAUUUAAUCCAGAUCCAAUUCAAAUCCAAUCUAAUACAAAUACAAUUCAAAUCCAAUCCAAAUUCAAUAGAUAUCCAAUCCAAAUUCAAUAGAUAUCCAAUCCAAAUCCUAUCCAAGUCAAUUCCAAUCCAAAUCUAAUCCAAGUCCAUUUCAAAUCCAAAUCUAAUCCAAAUCCAAUUAAAAUCCAAUCCAAAUUCAAUCGAAAUCAUAUCCAAAUCCAUUCCAAUCCAAUCCAAAUUCAAUCCUGAUCCAAAUCCGAUCCAAAUUGAAUCCAAAUCCAAUUCAUAUCUAACCCAAAUCGAAUCCAAUUUCAAUUCUAUUCCUGUAAAAUUUCAACCUGUAUUCUAUUGAAAUUCCAAUCCAGAUCCAAUAAUUCAAUCCGAAUCCAAUCAACAUCUAGUUCAAAUCCAAUUUCAAUCCAUUCCAAAUCCGAUUCAUAUUCGAAUCCACUCUAAUUUCAUUGGAAUGCCAAUGUAAAUUAAAUCCGAUUCCAAUUGAAAUCCAAAUCCAAUACAAUCCAAUAAGCUAAACUGAGACUAAUCCAAUUCAAAUCCAAUCCAGUUUUAAUCCAAAUCUAAUCCAAAUCAAAUUUAUGUCCAAUCCUAAACUAACGCUAAUCCGAUAAAAAUACCCAAUUAAAAUCCAAUCCAAUUUCAAUAUUAUUCCAAAUUUCCAAAUUCCAAAUUUAGUCCAGUUGCUAUCCGAAUCUUGUUUUAAUCCUUUAGUUUUAAUUUGUUCUUACACGCCCAAAUUUUAUUAAUAUGUUUUUUUCUAUUGUUCAAUUUUUGUUUCUAUUUGACAUUUUAUUGGACAACUUCCUCGUGUGUUUUGCCAUUCCUUUGUUCGCUCUUUUCUCGACCUUUUUCUCAAGGUAUGUCAAUCUCUAUUAUUUUCAUUUCCUUGUUCAACUCAUUUUUUUUUUAAGAUGUCGCAUUUUUUUCCAAGUCAAAGCAUUUUUUUCCUUUCUCUUUUUCCACCUAAUUUUUUUUUUGCUUUUUCUCACGCUUCAUUUUUUUUCCAAGCCAUCUUUUUUUUUUGCUUUUUCUCUCCAUUCAUUUUUUUUCUCCAAGCCAUUUUUUUUGCUUUUUUUCUCGCUUCAUUUUUUUUCCAAGCCAUCUUUUUUUUUGUUUUUUUUUUUUGCUUUUUCUCUCUCGCUUUAUCUUUUUUUCUCCAAGCCAUCUUUUUUAUUCUUUUUCUCUCGCAUCAUUUUUUUUUGCUUUUGUCUUGCUUCAUUUUUUUUUCCAUGACAUCUUUUCUUUUUUUCUCUCGCUGCAUUAUUUUUUUCCCAUUCCAUCAUAUUUUUUUUCCAAGCCAUUCCCUUUUUUUGCUUUAUUUUUCUCGCUGCAUUAUUUUUUUUUCCAAGACAUGUCCUUUAGAUUUUUUCUCUCGCAUCAUUUUUUUUCUCAAUUCAUUGCUUUUUGUCCUCGCUUAUUUUUUUCACGGCGUCGCAAUUUUUUUUCCAAGCCCUAUCACCUUUCUCGCGCUUUCUCCCACUUCACCCAUUUCUUUGCUCACGAUCAAUUUUUUUUUUGUUUGCUCCCAUUUUCACACUUCUUGUUCCCAAGCCAUCUAAUUCCUUUCCGCCCUUCUUGUAUGCUUCCCUUCAUGACACCAUCGCAACCCCUUCCAAAUGCUAGCCUUUAGCGAUCACUGAUCCACACUUCCCACAAUUGAUUCCUACCACACGCCCAUCCUUAGCCCACUACAAAUUCCCUUUCAAAUUUUACAAUCACUCCGCAACUCCAUGCAUCAACCAAUAAAAAGUAUUCUCAAACGCGAUAGCACUUUAAAAAAUUAAAUAUUCACCAAAAGUUUCACAAAAAGGUACUACCGGCUGUGCCAUUGUCGUAACGAAAGAUGAUUUUGAAUUCACAUCUUGACGCUACUACAAUAUUGUCUAUCCGGUUGGAAUCAAGACCGACAUUCAAUCAAACAUUGACAUUUUCUUGGUACACAAGUGUCGCAACUGUUUCGCAUCUAGUGCGCUGUGUUGCUGACAACAACGGGAAGGAUGCGCACUACUUUUGAUAUGAUUAAAAAAUGUCGUGAGUUGGGUCACGUCGCGACUUGAUUGUGCGAAGUCCGGUUUGGUGGCGGCCCGACAAUAGUAACCAGAAUGCCCAUGUUCGGUUUCCGCCGAGCUCACGCUGCUACUUCGUAUCCAUCGACUCGGCUAGACUCGGAGCUUCCUUGUCCAAGCCACCCAACUACCGUUCCCGUUCUCGCAUCGGGCUCGGAUCGAUGUGCUGUCUCGCUUCAGACCGAUGCAGCAAACCUUCGUCAAGUUUUGCUGUUCUAUGCCGUUUCCACGCUGAUUCGUAAAGGGAUGUCGCAAAUAUUAUGCAUGUAUCGCUUUUCGAUACACACAGAACUAAAUUCAACAAAGUGAAUUAAUAUUCUAAUCCUACCCACUACAGAUUGGUUAAACCGGAUUUUUAUGUUGAAUUGGGCACAAACAAAAUAUUGGUUUGAUCAUACUACCUGCGGUAGUUGUUUCAACCGUUUUGUUUGUUGUUUUCAACUACCGUUGUUUUUCAAUUUUACUAAACAAACUAUAUAUUUUUUUCACGCAGCUGAAAGAUCAUCCAUAGAGAGAUCGAAAACGACCAUUCACUAAUUUUUGCCCAAAAUGCAGAUGGCUUGCUGACUUGCGAUUCACGGCAGUGCAAUUUUCAUCAAAAAAAUAAAUUUAUUUGCAAUUUUUAUGAAACAUUUUUUAGUUUUGCUUUUGCUUAUAUGAUUACGGUGCGAUGCGUUGUCGUCCAGGAAAGCCGCUGUUAAAAUAAAUCAUUUGGUCUUCGAAUUGCCGGCGAACUUUACGGAGAUUCUUAGCGCUGCUGGUGUCGUGGUGGGUUUUUGGGUUUUGUGGUAUGAAAGGGCCGCAAAAAUAUCGUGGCCCUUGGGUUUCGUAUGCGCCGCACCAGUUUUCCAGUGAAGAGCAGAGUUUAUGGUUUUUCGUUCAGCUCUGCUGGUGAGUUCUGAAAUUCUCUAAGACUGCGAAGUUUAUCUAAGUCCGCCGAAAACCGGGAUAAUGAUGUUUUGCGAAUAUGGACUUAUCCACCGA